AUGUACUGUAUUACUGCCGUGUUUUACCCUGCUGCAUCAGAAGAUGGUGUCCGAUUCUGUGUGGUCUGCGGGAAGCACGGCAAAUUUCGGCUUGACAGGCAUCUAAGCGAAACGCAUAGGGUUCCGAAGAGGAGUGAACUCUAUGAGCAUCUCGUUCAACAACCACCCGCACAACAGCGACCACCACAUUCGUCGACCACGACAACACGAAGGCCGUCUAGAGGGGUUGCAGAAGCAGCAGCGAUUGUCGACGAAGUAGAAGAAGCAGCAGCUGCAGCUGCAGAAGAAGUGGUUGUAGAAGCGGAAAACCACGUGGACAGAAGAGAAGCCGGAGAGGGAAGGGCCAUGGAAGAGGAUCACCGACCAGCGACACGUCAAGGACCAUCGAUUCCAAGAGAGCAGCUGUGCUUGACGGUUACUGUAGCUGAGGAUAGGCUUUAUCGAGGUGGUCCAAAACCCCAUCCAGCGUUCUUGGAGGCACCUUACAAGACGCUCAUGUUUGCUCACGAAAUGGACGUAUGGAGAGAGGAAGAAGAUUACUAUGUGCAGACGUUCACGAUUCCACCAAACCAACGAUGGAUGCACGGUGCUGAUGCUGAAUUGAAGUUAUGGAGGAAACUGGUCAAAGAACAGCAUCCAGAUAUUGAAGGAUUUUGCGGAACUCAAUGUUACCACAACGGUGCAGGAAACACACUGAAGUGA